AUGACAGAAGGACCUGCGUAUGUUUGGCUGCUUUCGAGAGUUUAUCGGUCGUGUUAGUGAGGAUUACAGCUGACUUUUUGGGAAUUCAGGAGUCCGCGCCAGGUCCGAAUCACAGGUACCUUUUUUAAAUCUAUUUCUACACCUUCGCAAAACGUGCCUCCAUGACUGAUUUUGCACGUAUGUAGUUAUCGCUGCGGAUGGGCUUUAUAAGAGAGAUGUUUUUAGUAGGUCCCGGUGCUUCUCUGAGGGGUGGGGGUGGGGUAUUAAUUGUCUCCAGAGUUUCCGGACCCAUUCGCUGUUGUCACCGUCGAUGGAGAGCAGACCCAUACGACUUCGGUGAUACGCAAAACAUUAAAUCCCUAUUGGAACGAAGCGUUUGAUUUGUAUGGGCGCCCUCUCCGUGGUAGCUUGAACUUCCGGGCAAACUAAUCCUGCUCAUCAGACAAGUCUCGGAAGCGUCCAUCGUAGCGGUGCAGAUAUUUGACCAGAAGAAGUUCAAGAAGAAAGAUCAGGGAUUCCUUGGCGUUAUCAAUGUUCGAGUUGGCGAUGUGCUCGAUCUCUCUUUAGGCGGCGAUGGUUUGUCAUACUCAUGUGUCGCGGAGCAUACUAGUUCGGUGCUAACUCGGUUGCAUAGAAAUGCUUACGAGAGAUUUGAGGAAAUCGAAUGAGAACGUAAUAGUCCACGGUAAACUUAUCGUAAGCUUGACCACGAACGUCAAUACACCUAUUCAAACGCCUGGUCAAAUACAAUCCCAUCGACCAACACUGCCUGUGCCUGCCGGGAGUACCGGAGGACAAGCUUCUCCUGCAGGUGGCUCACUUUAUAAUUCUGACUUAGGGCAAUCACAAGUAUCGGUUGCUAGCCCCGCCGGUCCAAUGCCUUCCCGUGUUCCUCAGCAACAGAAUGGAGCGCCAUCGAACAACCCACAUCCCUCAACGAAUGGUACAGGACGUCACGCACAGAAUAUAAAUUCAUUUGAGGAUAACCAAGGAAGGUUACCCGCUGGUUGGGAGAGACGUCAAGACAAUCUAGGCAGGACAUAUUACGUGGACCACAACACCCGUACUACGACAUGGAACAGGCCUUCAACGACUUAUAAUGAAAGCGACCAGCGGGUUGCUAUGCAGCAGAACACCGAGGCCGAGAGACAGAGGCACCAAAACCGUAUGCUACCUGAAGAUAGGACUGGGGCCAACUCUCCGACCCCAGCGGCCCCUCCACAUCCAGAGAGCCAUGCCAACAGUGCAGCAGCCGUAUCGAUGAUGGCAACGGGUGCUACAACGGCUGGUACUGGUGAACUUCCUCCCGGCUGGGAACAGAGGCAUACUCCAGAGGGCAGGUCGUACUACGUGGAUCACAAUACUCGUACGACAACAUGGGUAGACCCAAGGAGGCAACAAUACAUUCGCAUGUACGGAAGUAAUGCAGGCACACCAAGCAUCCAAAACCUUCCCGUUUCACAGUUGGGCCCUCUACCUAGUGGAUGGGAAAUGAGAUUGACCAACACCGCAAGGGUGUAUUUUGUGGACCACAAUACUAAAACGACAACUUGGGAUGACCCGCGGCUCCCAUCAUCUCUCGAUCAGAAUGUUCCCCAGUAUAAGCGCGACUUUCGGAGAAAGCUUAUUUACUUCCGCUCACAGCCUGCGCUUCGUAUCCUCUCUGGCCAGUGUCAUGUUAAGGUUCGUAGGAACCACAUCUUUGAGGACUCAUAUGCGGAGAUCAUGCGACAGACACCCAAUGACCUCAAGAAGCGGCUCAUGGUCAAGUUUGAUGGUGAGGAUGGGCUGGAUUAUGGCGGGCUAUCAAGGUAUGGGAUCCUUCUUGUUGGUAUCUUUUCCACGUCUAACAAAUGUGUAGGGAGUUCUUCUUCUUGCUCUCGCACGAGAUGUUCAACCCUUUCUAUUGCUUGUUUGAGUAUUCUGCCCAUGACAAUUACACCCUCCAAAUAAACCCUCACUCUGGAAUUAACCCGGAACACCUUAAUUACUUCAAGUUUAUUGGGCGGGUGGUCGGUUUGGCAAUUUUCCAUAGACGCUUCCUCGAUGCAUUCUUUAUCGGCGCAUUCUAUAAGAUGAUACUGAAAAAGAAGGUCGUCUUGGCCGAUAUGGAGGGUGUUGACGCCGAUUUCCACAGGAAUUUGACCUGGAUGUUGUAUGUGCCCCAGUUUUUACCCCCCGUGUCAGAAAUGGUCUAAUUUCGCUCCAAAUCAUAGGGAGAACGACAUCACCGACAUCUUGGAUCUUACUUUUUCAACAGAAGACAGCAGAUUUGGUGAGACUGUGACUAUCGACCUGAAGCCUAAUGGCCAAAAUAUCGAGGUCACAAACGAUAACAAGCGGGAAUAUGUUGAGUAUGUUGAUUCUAAAAUCUUUUGCUUUAAGCCCUUGCUGACCGACACUCCCCUAUUUACAGCCUUGUCACUGGUUGGCGUAUUGAGAAGCGAGUGCAGGAGCAAUUCAAAGCCUUCGUCGAUGGUUUCCAUGACCUUAUACCGGCUGAUUUGAUAAACGUUUUCGACGAGCGGGAGUUGGAGUUGCUGAUUGGAGGUAUUGCCGAUAUUGAUGUUGAAGACUGGAAGAAACACACGGACUACAGAGGAUACACAGAGAGCGAUGACGUUAUUGCGAAUUUCUGGAAGGCAAGUUUUCAUGGUUCGAUAUAUAUAUCCAUGAGGGGCGUCUACUAACUCGAUAUCAUUUUUACAGUGUGUCCGAAGUUGGGAUGCUGAACAGAAGUCGAGAUUACUCCAGUUCACCACUGGUACCUCACGUAUCCCAGUCAACGGUUUCAAGGAUCUGCAGGGUAGUGAUGGGCCCCGCCGUUUUACGAUUGAGAAAGCGGGGGACAUUGGUCAGCUACCAAAAUCCCACACGUGGUAAGUUUGGGGAAUCAUUGGACUCUGUGCUAGUAAAUAUCUACUAUUAGGAUUUUUUAACUAAUGUUCUAAAUUUCCUCGAACAGUUUCAAUCGAUUAGACCUCCCUCCAUAUAAGAGCUUUGAUGUUCUGAACCAAAAGUUAUCAUUGGCGGUGGAAGAGACAAUGGGAUUUGGGCAAGAAUAG